UUCCCCACACAGAUUACACCAGCACUAAUCACCACUGCGCAGGGCAAUCGCCUGCCACAGUUUCUAAUUGCCAGUGUUUUGUUUUUCAGAAGGCAGCUCUGUUGUUGGCUCUGAUCAGCCCCUCAUCGCCUCUCCUGGUGAAGAUGUCAUCCUCCCCUGUCACAUCACCCCCAGUCUCAGUGCUGUGGACAUGGACGUGAGGUGGUACAGAAAGAAAUUCAAGAUCCCGGUUCAUUUAUAUGAAGAUCGACGCGAUCGCACAGAUGUUCAGGACAGUGACUAUCGGGGCCGCACUGCUCUCUCUAGAUUUGAGCUGCAGGAAGGCAUUCUCUCUCUCGAACUGAAAAACCUCCGUCACACUGAUAGCGGGGUCUAUUCCUGCUUUGCCACUGAUGGAUUCUGGUAUGGACAAGGAAAGACUGAACUGAUAGUCAGAGCUCUGGGGACCCAGCCCUCAGUCUCUAUGGACUCUUCACAAGGAGAGCAGACCCGGCUGGUGUGCAGAUCAGAGGGGUGGAGCCCUGAACCUGAAGUGAUCUGGAGAGACAGGGAUGGAAACGAUGUGACAUCACUGUCCAACACAACAGUGCAGAGCGACAGUCAGGGGUUCCUCAGUGUCAGCAGCUACAUCAAAAUCAAACAGCAGUCCAGCGUGUUCUCCUGUCUGCUUAGAAGUAAAACACCCAAACCAGACUGGGAAUCCAAACUCCACAUAUCCAGUGAGUAUCACAUCUUUGUGGAUUGAGCCUGACUGACACUGAC